CAGCCCAGCGAAAAUGGGUCAGUGUUCAAUGAUGACACAGUAUUGAAACAACCUUCAGACAUAUUCCACCCCCCUAAUUUAUCCCUGUUGACUAAUCUAUUUCAUUUGGAUAAAAUGUACAGGAAUUCAUUGCUCGUUGUAGUUACUCUAUUUAUUACAGUAUGCGGCUUGGUGAAGCUUGGUUACCGAUUUAGAUUUAGCUGUUUGCAAUACAUUCCGGAACCAAUAACCAUUCUGCUUAUCGGAGUGAUAUUCGGAAAUAUUGCGAAUUACUGUAAUGUUGAACUGAAAUAUUUCAACGACAGAACAUUUUUCGUUGUAUUUUUACCACCCAUUAUAUUUGAGGCAGUUUUACAUUUGCAAAAGCAUUAUUUUUUACGAAAUCUUUUGGUAAUUCUCCUCUUUGGCUUUGUAGGGACGUUAUUUGUGUUCUUGCUCAUUAGUUGUGGCUUGUGGUUGAUUAUCUGUCUUUUCCCGUCUGUUUUGGGCAAUUGGACACCUCGCCCAGUAGCAUUUUUUCUUUUCGCUACUCUUGUCAGUUCUGUCGAUUCGGUCAUCAUAAUUGGCAUACUGGGUGAGAUGCGAGUUCAUCCCAGUUUAUAUUUUAUCUUUGUAGGUGAAUCAAUCAUCAAUGACGGUGUGACUUUGGUGCUUUUUGAUUUUAUUUAUUCAAUUAGUUGCACUGACGAAGUGAAACUCAAUUCGUUUAAGCUCAGCAUUUUUGGCUUUAUUGUCCUUAUUGUAAAAUUUUUGGGUAGCUGUCUCCUUGGUGCAAUAGUCGGUUCAAUGACGAGCUUUUUAACCAAAUAUACAUACAAGUACACUAUGAUUGAACCGCUGAUUGUACUCAGUGCCGGUUACCUGGCUUACCUGAUCGAUUUUGGAAUAAGUUGGCCUGGUGUGUUCUCUCUACUUGUAUUUGGUUUGAUUCAAACCACUUAUACAUUUGAGAACAUUUCGGUCAAAUCUUUUAUCACAAUCAAACGACUGGCUCAUAUGACCGCCGCGGUCUCGGAAUCACUCAUCUUUUUGAGCAUUGGCUACACACUGGUCAUACAUAAACAAGUCUGGAACGCGAAAUUCAUUGCAAUAAGUUUGGUUUUGUGUACACUGAGUCGUUUUUUGGUCGUCUAUUUUUUAUCUUCCCUGGCUAACUUCUUUCAUUGGAUGGGUAAACCAAUCACAAAGACGAUGAAGUUUGUCAUUGCCUUUUGUGGACUUCGUGGUGCUCUGAGCCACAGCUUGGUGGAGAUCAUCGAUCCGCGUUGCCUUCAGAGGGUCGGAGUGAAUCCAGCCAUGUACCAGACCACUACAGUGUUCAUCACAUUUUUUGCAAUUGUAAUCAUUGGCGCGUUUCUUCGACCACUACUUCACAUAUUUCAGAUGCGCAUUGAAAAACAACCACUUAGCUUGUUUGUUACCGUGAAUGAGGAAGUUAUGCACAAGACAAUCAGUGCCAUUGAAGAUAUAACCGGACUUUCGGGGUCCGGUAUUCUGGAAGCCAGUCUAAGAAAAUUCGAUGAGCGGUAA